UUAUCUUCUCUUCAGUUAGUGUUAUCCUUAGGCCGGGUUUAUAGAAAACGCAAGAACGCAGAAACGCAAGAAACGCAACUACGGUAAAAGUCCAACCUUAACUCUUCUACCAGCACGUUUAUAAAAAAACGCAAGACACGCAAGAACGCAAGAACGCAACGCAGAAGUUGUUGAACUUUCUACUUCUUGCGUUUUCUCCUUGCGUUUCGGCCUUCUAUACUGGUUGCUUUAGUAUGUGGAAACUGAAACUGUCAUGUAAUGCAUAUAGAAGGCUUUGCGAUUGUAAUCGUUACGCUUGUGUUUCUUUAUUUAUGUUUAAGUCUGGCAUUCUUCUAGUGAAUACAGCGCAAUGGAGGAAGCUGAUUAAUUUCUUAUUCAGCUUAUCCAAAAUUUUCCCUGCCUGUACGAUAAGUACAACAAAGAUUUUAAAAAUAAUCAUGACUUAUUCCUGAAAUUUUAUUUUUUGACGUUGGCGAUGGCCGGCGUCCUUGCGUUUUUUAUAAACGACUGUGAAUUUCUUGCGGUUGUCGCGUCCUGCGUUCUUGCGUUUCUGCGUUCUUGCGUUUUCUAUAAACCCGGCCUUAGGCAUGCACCAUAAAUCCGGCUUCUGCGAUAUAAAAAUAUAAUGACAAUAUGAAUGGUCCAGACAACAGCCUAUUCCAAGCAUCUGAUGGAUUCAUGAUUCAAAAUUUUAACCAAGCUGAUGAUGUGGAACGUGAGGCAGAAGAAGAUAGAAUAAGAAGGAAUAAAGAGCUUAACGAGUGCCUAGAGAAAGAAUUUGGCAAUAUAUUUGAAGGUGACGAUGAUGAGAGUGACGACAAUGAUGAGAGGAAUAACAGUGACGAUGACACAAACUACACGGCUAGCGGAAGUGAUGUAUCAGGUGUUGUUCAGGCAGGAGAUGAAGCAGCACUGGCAAAGCCAGGGCAGUUUUAUGCAAAUGGCACUGCCGACCAAGACUACCCAGAGGGCGACAGUGCUAUUUUGGACUCUGCUCUGACUGCCGUGCUGCAGAUGAGUAUGCCUGCUGAAAAUCACUAUGCCAGUGGUUUGCAGAGCCGAUUGUCGAGUGUGCCGGAAGAGGAGGAAAUGUUUGAAAGCCAGGACUAUCAGCAGACUUGCAACAUAAAUACCUCGGAUCAUUAUCUUUACUGUUGCAAGUUAAAUCCGGAAUGUUACAGAGACCACAAAGCUGUAAAUGAAUAUCCGCAGUCACUAAACGAAAAUGAGUUAUACCGGGAAAUGAGUUACAACGGCACGGAGCAGCUGCAGGUGCUGUACGAUGUGAGAGUGCGCGAAGUGCAGAGGCUGCAGCAGGAGCUGCAGGCGGCGCGGGAUUCAGCGGUGGAGAAGCAGGACCGGAUGUCUCAGGAGUUGAUGUUGACUGAAGCAGAGAAAAACAAGGCAGAGUGUUUGCACAGAGAGGCAGAGAAGCGCUUAUUUACCAGCCAAAAAAAAAUUGAAGAACUAGAAAAGGAUGUGGAUAGACUGAAACUCAAUGUGAGAAGUCUAGAAGAAUUAAAUACACAGCUGAAACAGGAGCUGGAAUCAUCGCAAGCAUCUAACAACGACUUGCAUCAAAAACUGAUGUUGCUUGAACGUAGCAAUUUAAGCAACUCAAAUAAACACUAUGACUCAUUUGUGAAAAACUGUCAGAAGAAGCAUGAACAGGAAUUGCAGAUGUGGAGAACAAAAUUUGAUGGGCUGAAUGCAAAAUUGGAAGACAAGGAAGCGGUGUGCGACAGGCUGGAGCAGCGUCUCGCUGAGCAGACCAGGGCCAACGAGGCACUCAUGCUGGAAAAGUCUGAAACAAUCAACCAAUUGGGGAGAAGCCUGGAGGAGAGCCAGCGUCGGUACCAGCAGCUUGUUGGGGACACUGUCGGCCAAGACACUUUGAGCCUGACUGUGCAGUUGUCUGUCGUCACUCGAGAGAAGGAACAGCUGCACGACAGAGUAAAACAGUUGGAGAAAGAAGUUGAAAGCCUGAAAUUUGAUCUUCAGCAAUAUGAAAAUGGUACACGUCUGGGCAUUUUUAAUAACGAAGAUUCUCUAUUCAGUGAUUCUAUGAUUCAACUUGGAAUUGCAAAAUCUAAUAACAAUAGUACCAAAUUAUCUAAGAGUGAAGAAUCCAAUAUUUGUACAGCGCUGAGAGAUGAACUCUGCCGGAGCUUGAUAGGACAAAAAAUCAAACGAGAAGAAAUUAGCAGACUGAAGUCUGAGUUGGAAACUAAAGAAAAAGUAAUAAAAACACUUAAACAAGCAGAAGAAAAAUACUUGUCUGAUCUAAAGAAAUUUAAGGAAGAUGUCCAAGUGCAAAUGACACUGUUAAAGGAGCAAGAUCAGCUAUCCAAAGAAAUAGAAAACUAUGAGAAGAAAAACAAAGGAUUAUCACAGCAGCUUGAGCAGUGUGAAAGUGAACUGUCUCUGGUGAAAAAUGAGUUGGAUAGCAUUAAAAAAGUUCGAAAUGUACUUGAACAGGAAAAUGCUCAGUUGAAGCAGGAUAUAGAUAAAAUUACGACUGAGUUUGAAAACGAGAAAGCUCUGGCCUAUGAGCAUUGCAGCAAAGAGUUUCUACAUUUUCACGAAGAAGCCUUAGCAAAAGUAAAAGAAGAAAAGCAUAAAGAAGUAGAGUCGAGGGUGUAUGAACUGCGCACUCAGUUAGACCAAGUUUAUAAAGAAUCACAAGAGGCAAAAUUGUCAUACAUUCAACUUAGCAGUGAGAAAAGUAGUCUUUUAGAAGAGCUUUGUGAGGCAAGAAAAAAUGUUGAAAAUUUGACUAGUCAACUGCUUGCUAAGGAAGAAGAGUUGGUUAAAGUGUCUAAUGAAUUGAAAGUGCAACAAAAUCUGUCAGAAAGGUUGUCAAAUGAGUUGGAGAACUCUCAAGAAAAGAUGGACAGUCUCACGCAAACUUUAGAAUCAGAAAAAAUUGGUUUAAAAGAGCAAGAGAUGAAUAUUGGAGGAAUAAUAAAGAAUGAUGAAAGUUUACAAGAAAUUGUUGAUGAAAAAGCUAAGCAGUUGUAUAGAACCAAGGUAACAGAAGAAAUAAAUGCAGCUAAGAUGGAAGCAUUGCAAGAAAUAGAAAAUGACUGGAAAAAGCAAGAGGAUCGUUAUAAAAUCAAAAUAAAACAGCUUUCCGAUGCCUAUACACUUCUUCGAGAAAAGGUUAAGGAUUAUGGUGAAAAAUGCACAGAAGCUGAUAAAAAUUGCAAAAAACAAAUUCAGGAAUUGCAGUCAAAGCUUCAGAAGCAAGAAUUUUUAGUUCUCCAGCUUAAAGUGAAGGAAAAACUAAUGUUGGGACAAAAUUUUGAUACGGAAACUGCGCGUAGCUCUUUCAAAGAUGCUAGUACUUCUCCGAUGAGGAGUCUCACUGAAGAUUUGGAAACAUGCAGGACGGAAUCUGCCAGACUUCACGCGAAACAGCUAGAGGCUUUGAGGUUGAAAUAUCAGUUAGAACUGGAGGCACAGCAGGAGAGAAUAAAAGAAGAAACUGUUAAUUAUUUUGCUACUCAGAUCAUCAACUUAGAAGCUAAACACAAAUUAACUCUGCAAGAAUGUGAAGCAAAGACUGCUAAUGAAUUAUUGUUAUUAAAAGAUUUGAUUGCAUCACAGAACAAUUGUAAGGUAGAUAUUUCGGAGCAAGUGAUCAGUGUUAACAGAGAUAGUGAUGGCGUGUUGAGAGAAAAAGUCCAAAUGUUAGCAAAUGAGCUGACUGCUUCAAGAUCUCGUCUUGAACUGAAAGAAAAACAACUAGAAGAAACCGAAAAUAAAAUUUCAGAACUAAUAUCAAACCGCAAGCACGAAGUACAAUCUCUCCGCAAGGCUUACAAUGAGAUAAAAAAAAGGUAUGCAGAAUGUGCUGCAAAGUAUAAGGCUGCAAAACUGGAAGCAGCGAAAUACAAGAAAUUGUAUGAUGAGAAAGAAAAACACCUGACAAAAGAAUAUGAAAGGGUAAAAGAUGGUUAUCAAAAUGCUCUCUUUACAAUAAAGAAAAAAGUUGAAGAAGCAGUUUUUGACAAAGAAAAUGUUAUUGCUUCCCAGGUUAUAGCAUUGGAAGAACAAAUUCAACAGCUCAGGCAAAAACUAUCCAGAUCUGAAGCAGCGUGACGCUAGAAAAUAUUACUUUUAAAGCAAGGACUUUUUUUAAUGUUCCUAAAACUUGUUAUUGUGUGAGUGUACCCUUGGCUGCCAGUGAUGUGACCUCGACUGAAUGAUCUGUCUGAUGGGAGUCUGGGAGCUAAGCAGUCGGCACAGUACUGGUGAUCAAAUGUUUGCUCAAUGCUGGUGUCACAGUAUGUGUACAAUAUUCUUACGUUAAUGAAUUUGUCAAUUUUAUUUUUUCAUCUAUACCAUUAAGUUAGGUUUAAGAAAGUCAAUUUGAAUAAUAAAAUAACUGAAGAAAAAUAUUAAAACUUUUGAGAGUUUUGUGUAGCUAAUAAAUUAAAGUUGCUGGAAAUACAA